AAUGGAAGAACGUCGAUUACCUCCUCAUUUAAGAAGAACUCAAUAGUAAUAGCCAAUCAAUCGAGAACCUGAACAACCUACAUAAUAACCUCCAGUGCAACAAAGAUAAGCAAAUGUAUACCAAUAAGGAUAAAAUGAAAAUCAUUAAUAAUAAUACAAUGCAUAAUAAUAAUAUGUAGGUUAAUAAUAAUAUCCACAAUAAUAACAAUAUUAACCAUAAUAGAACUUUCCUACAUAAUAAGUAGAAUAAUAACAGCGAAAACCAUAAAAAAUUGAUGUUGAUUAAAUUCCUAGACCAUAUAUAAAGUCAGAAGAAUCAAUUACAUAUUAAUAGUAAUUUUGAAUAUUUAUUAGAGGUUCUCUACAGCUCCUGCACCUUUAUAUCAUCCUCCAUGUGUUCAUUAAUUUUAUUAAACAUUUGAUGAAGGAAAUUGUGGACCAAGAUAUAUGAGAAGUUCAGUUUAUGCAAUAGGAAAUGAACCAUCUAUUCUAUAAUAAACAGAGAUUCCAUUUGGUAUAGUAGUAUAACCAUUAAUGGAACCAUCUCUCUUUGAAUCAGAUUUACCAUAAGUUGAAUUUACAAAUGAACCAUUGCGUUGUUAGAGAUGUAAAGCAUAUGUUAGUCCUUACUUUUAAUUUUGCUAAGGUGGUAAUAAUUAUGUUUGCAAUAUUUGUAAAAUGAAGAAUUAAGUGCCACCAGAUUAUUAUUGUGUUUUGGGUUAAGGAAAUUAAAGAGGCGAUAAAUUUUAAAGAGAUGAAUUAAAUAAAGGAUCUUAUGAAAUCAUAGCACCUACUAGUUAUAUAAAAAAGGAAAUAAAGAAUAAUUUAAUAUUAUUUUGUAUAGAAUUGACACAGAUAUCAGUUGCAAAGGGUUUAUAUUCUUAAGUGAUUUCUUCACUUUAAUCAAUAUUGGAUACAAUUCCAUAUCCAGAUAAAACAGAUAUUGCAUUUAUAACAUUUGAUUCUAAAAUUUAAUUUUAUAACAUUCCAAAAAAUUUAACAGGAGAACCAUAAAUAAUAGUUGUAAGUGAAAUUGAUGAAGCUAAUGUACCACUUCCACCAGAGAAGUUAUUUUUAAAUAUUGAGACAGAUAGAGAUAAAAUAGAUUAUAUGUUAGAAAAACUUAGUAAAUUUGGAGAAACAAUAACACAAUAAGCUAAUUAACUUGUUUCAGUUGGAACAGUAUUAUCAAAUGCAGUAUAAUUAAUGUAACCUAGAAGUGGACGUAUAUUGUAUUUUGGAUGUUCAGCACCAAGAUAUGGAAUAGGGAAAUUACCAUAAAAACCAACAGAUACUAAAUUAUUUGGUACAGAUUAGGAAAAAUUGUUUUAUUAACCUAAUGAUUAAGCAUAUGUAAAAUUGGGAUAAACAUGUCUCAGAAAUCAUAUCUCUGUUGAUUUAUUUAUUGCAAAUGAUGAAAAUUUUGAAUUAGCUACUGUUUCUCCUGUUUCAAAUAUAACAGGGGGAAGUAUUUAUUUUUAUCCUCAUUAUAAUUAAUAAAUUAAUGGAACAGAAUUGCAUUAUGCAUUAUAUAGAAAUCUUACAAGAUCUUAUGCAUAUGAUCUAAUAAUGACUGUUAGAACUUCUCCAGGAAUUAUAUUAUUUGAUUAUUAUACAGGUAGUGGGAAAAUAUCUGUAAGAGAUUUGGAAUUAUCUACUUUAAAUUCAGAUUAAUCCAUAGCAAUAAUGUUAAAGUAAGAGGAAAAGAUAUUGGAUCCUGAAGCUUAUAUAUAAUAUGCUUUAUUGUUUACUAAUUAAUAAGGAUAAAGAGUGAUUAGAGUUUUUAAUUUAUAAUUAUAAGUUGUUAAUAAGAAUAGUGGAAACAAUGCAUGGCAUAACAUUUUUAAAACUGGAGAUGUUGAUUGCAUUGCUACAUUAUUAAGUAGAAAAAAUCUACCAAAUAUUAUGGUAUAAUCAAUUAAACAAAUUAGACAAAGUCUAUUUGAAUCUGUUAUUAAUAUUUUGCAUGCAUAUAGAAAAUAUGUAUUAUUUAUAUUUUAAUUUAGUGUUCUAGUAAUAGUCCUGCAGGUUAGUUGAUUUUACCAGAAGCAAUUAAAAUCUUACCUCUAUAUUUAUAGACUUUAUCAAAGAGAGAUAUACUUAAAUAUGGAAAUGUUAGAAUAGAUAAUAGAAUUUUUGAAAUUCAUUUAGUUUUGACACAAUCUAUGCAUUUUUUGACUAAUUUCUUUUAUCCAAAACUAUUUCCAGUUCAUGAUAUUAAUUCUUAAAUUGUGGCUGAUAAAUAUUAUGUGGGUACAUUGACUGAUGAUGAAAAGACAGUUUUGCCUAAUAAUAUUGCCACCACAAUUGAUAAAAUUAAAUCAGAUGGAAUUUACAUUUUAGAUACAAGCCAAUUUAUAUAUAUUUAUGUAGGAUAAAAUGUUGAUUAAUCAUUAUUGUUGAAUGUAAUUUAAUUAUAUAAUUUUUUUAGCUUUUUGGAGUGAAUUCUUUUGCAGAAUUAAGUUCGAUAGAAUUAUUUACAAAAAUAGAUACUGAUUAUAGCACAAAAAUCUAAAAUAUUAUUGAAUCAUUAUAAUAAAUUAGAGGUGGUACUUAUGUUCCUAUUAGAGUUGUUCGCCAAAAGUAUUUGAUUAUAAUAAAUGGAUAGUUCUCCAUAAGCUUCUUUAGUACAAUCAAAAUUAGUUGAGGAUGAAUAACAACUAGAAAAAUCAUAUGCUGAUUAUCUUUGUGAAUUACAUGGAGCUAUCUAAAAUAAAGGUGGCGUGUGAG